AGCCCGCAGGUGGGCCGCCAUGUUGCGGCCCUGAGCGCAGCCGGGAUGGGGUGCGGCGAGGCGGCGGCGGCCGGCGGCGGCUUCUUCCUCCUUCUGCGGGGGAUCGUGCUUCUGCUCGGUGUCUGCAAAGCUCUUUGCCUGGAAAUUAAAGUCAGUCCUAAAGUGCGAGCUUUUGUUGGUGAACAAGUGACACUGAAAUGCUCAUUCAAAUCCAGUUCUCCCAUCACUGAGAGCCUGACAAUAGACUGGACCUACCGGCCUUUCACAAGCGGUCAGAUGGAGACAAUUUUUCAUUACCAGUCUGUUCCAUACCCAACAACAGUGGGAAAGUUCAAAGAGAGGAUAUCCUGGGUUGGGAACGUUGCCAGGGGCGAUGCUUCCAUUGCUAUCCAAAGCCCGGUGAUGAGUGACAACGGGACAUUCAUCUGCAGUGUGAGGAACCCUCCAGACGCGUACCAUAACAUUCCCCAGACGAUGCUGGUGGUUGUGGAGAGAGGCUUUUCCUUCCAGCUGACUUCAGCGACGCUGCUCUCCAUUUUAGUGUUUCUCCCUUCUGUCAUCGUGGUCGUUCUGCUGUUGGUAAGGAUGGGAAGAAAAAUUGGAGUGCUAAAGGAGAAAAAGAAGUCCGGCUGUAAGAAAUCUUCCAUCGAAGUGUCUGAUGAGCCUGAAUGUACAGAGAGAGACAACUGCUUGGGGAAACUCAGAAACUGGUGCCUGAAUUGUGUGGACACGGAUGAGGAAGACCCGUACUGAUGAUGGAAGACCAAAGCUAUGGCUAAAGAACAAAAUUACCGCACUGAAAAUCGUGGCUGGAUAGGAACAAAGGCUGCUGGAUAACCAGGGCAGAUUGAAGGAUCUGCUCUAAUCUUGGGAGAUUGGAAUAAUAAUGCUGAUGGGAUAAUUCACUUUUAUUUAAGAACAAAAUAAUGAUUUUUGAAACUUCCUAAUUUAUUGGGGAAAAAAAUAAUGUCUUAACCUCACUUCUCCAGUGCCUACAGAUACCUCAGUGCCUACAACUGCCCAGCCUGUUUUCUACCUGCACUCUGACAACAGCUGUUUCUUAGUCUACUUGCAAAUUUGUUUCCUUUAUUACUGGUGACAUCCUUCCCUUUCUACACCCUUGAAUUUGAAUUGCCUGAAGCACUGGCUAUGCCGGAGAGAGGUCAGCUCUCAAAGAUCAUCAUCAUUGGGCACUGGCAAGCUUUUCUUCUCAAUUUGUUUUGGAAUGUAUUUGCAAAGGACUUAAAACAGUUUGAUUAAAUCGGUGCAUGGCAUCCUUUGUCUUGGAGCGAAGGCAACCUUGAUUUUUAAGCUGUUUCUUGGUUUAAUCUGCCACUUAAUUACAGGACCACUGUUUUGUUCCUACUGUUUGCUGAUUCCAUUUUUAAGUCACCAGCUGCACAGCAGUGUUACCUUACACUGUUGACUUUUGUCUUCCCUUUCUUUUUUAUUACUUGUCCACCAGCAGCGUUCCUCCGUACGUCUCCUUCUACUUGUAGAAGUGAAGCACAAUUCAUAUAGAAGUACUUUUUUAAAAAUGCGAAAUGGAAAUAAAUGGGGACUCUGUGUCUGGGGAAACGUAACCCCAUCUACCUCAGCCACUGACUCGAGCAGCGUCCAAAGGGAUGUUCUGUGUUCAGAAGAACAGCCGUGUUCCUCCUCUCUUCUUUUAGGUGCCGCUCUAGGAAAACAGCUACACACGCAUCGUGACUGCCUGCUAAGGAGGAGUACUUUCUCUUUCUUGUCCAAUAACGGAUGGCAGAGAGCAGCUGAAUCUGUGUCUGCUCUGUACCUAAAUAGCUGCUGUUUUCUGCUUCCCUUCUGUCUGUGGCUUCGGUCGGAUGCUCUCCUUUUACACAGGUGGUUUAAGUUCACCGAUGACCUUGAUGUGCCAUUACCAAUAAAUUGCAUUCUCUCAUUCUG